CUCUCUUUCGACAUUUCUCAUAGUGUUUUCGCCACAUACGGAUAGGUGAAGUAUUUUUCGACGCCAUUUUUAUCUACAAAAGUUGACCAAAUGGAAAUCUACAAGAAAGAUGGAUAUUUUCAAAAAUAUUGCCAGGCUAUGCGAAAAGAUAUCGAUUUGAAUGAGUUCAAUAACUUUGCCCAACUCGCCAAUGAUGCAGAACGCUUCAAAUUUGUAAAUUCCAUCAAACAGAUUGUUACCGAAUUAAAGUUGACACGUGAAUUUAAUGGCAAAAAUCUUGAACGAUCACUACAAUAUAAGAACCUCGGUAAUAAAGCGUUUCAAAAAGAGAAUUGGAAUGAGGCUCUAAUGUUUUAUAACAUGUGUUAUAUGGCUACGCCAGACGUGAAUGAAUCUGAAAAAUCGAUCAUCUUGGCUAACAGAUCAGCGGCUUUGUAUCACUUGGAAAAAUAUGAUCUAUCGCUGAAAGAUAUCAAACGAGCAAUCGAUCUCAAAUAUCCGAAGGAAUUGAUGUACAAACUCAACGAACGUAAGGCACGGUGUUAUCUUGCUAAAAAAGACCACGUUAAGGCAUUGCAAUGCUUCAAAGAAACUCUUCCUGCUCUAGACGACAGCAAGCUUCCGCUGGAGCGUCGUCAGAAACUGGAAAGAGACGCCCAAAUUAUGAUCAAUUUACUUCCGAGGAACAUCGAAUCGGAGAAAAAACUCGCAAAAGCAAGAAAACAUGCCCCAGCAGCAGCUAAGAAACCGGCUAUUCCAGACUUUUACGUAGAUAAGGCGUUGUACUUCGAUUACUCCGCAGACGAGGGACGUUUCGCAAAGACCAACGCGGACAUGAAACCAAACACAAUUCUGUUGUUGGAAAAACCACACGUUUCAACGCUUCUAGAGGAAUACAGUUUGAGUCACUGCAGCAACUGUUUCAAGCGUGUCAACGUUCCGGUUUGUUGUCCGAAAUGUGCGGAUGUGGUCUUUUGUUCUGAAGAGUGCGAGAAAGCCGCGAGCUCCAGCUUCCAUCGCUACGAAUGCGGGUUUUUGCCCAUUUUCUGGAAGUCAGGUGCUUCAAUCACUUGUCAUAUGGCACUACGGAUGAUUACUCAAAAGUCUGAGGAAUAUUUCCUGAAUCUAUGUCAAGAGCUUCAUACGCUGUCAAGUGAGGUUACUGAUAAGCUAGCUAACGAUGACUACAGAAAAGUUUAUAAACUUGUUACGCAUGACGAUGAGCGAUCAGUGGAGGAUUUCUUUCAGCGUACAUUGAUGGCAACUUUAUUGAACGCUUGUCUAACGCUUGGUGGUUUCUACAAAACCAAAGAAGCUGAAAGCUUUAUCGGCGGCCUUCUGCUACACAAUCUUCAGUUGCUCCAGUUCAAUGCCCAUGAGAUCUCCGAACUUCAGCGAGAGGAUGAACGUGAUGUGGGAAAGUCUGUAUUCAUCGGCGGUGGUCUGUAUCCAACAUUGGCACUGUUCAAUCAUUCAUGUGAACCCGGGGUAACACGCUACUACCGGGGUAACUCUGUUUGUGUACGAACCGUCAAAAACAUAUCGGCGGGAACGAUGGUCGCCGAAAAUUAUGGCCAAUUAUUCACUCAAGUAUCCCGCGAAGAACGUCGCAAUACGCUGUUGCAACAGUACAAAUUCAGCUGCAAUUGUCUCGCUUGCUCGGAGAAUUGGCCAAAAUACACUGAUAUGGAUCCGAACGUGUUACGUUUCAAAUGUGACGGCGGCAAGAUAUGUUCCAAUGUUUUGCUUAUCCCGGCAGAAGUCAACGAGUUUAUGAUUCUUUGUACGGAGUGUGGCGAGCAUACGAAUAUCAUGAAAGGACUAAAAUCACUACAGGAUACGGAUAUGUUGUUCAAAUCCGCCACAAAGCAUCAUGCCGCUGGGGAGUACGAAACGGCACUGUUGAAAUAUGUUGAAAUGAUGAACAUUUUGAAUGAGGUACUCGUUCCUCCGUAUCGUGAUUAUCAUUUAUGCCAACAAGGUUUGCGAUCUUGCCUGUUAGAGUUUGGAAAUCGUUAUGUCAGAAUGAUACAGAAAAAGUAGGAUAGUUCACACCAGAACAAAGAUUGAACUAUGAAGAAUAGUUUAUUCUUUUGCAUUGACAUUUUACAUUUUAUUCGUUUUUAUCGAUCAAAACAUCGUUUUUUAGUCAUCUUUUACAACUUGAUUUUCU